AUGAAAAAGGCACAAUCGGAACCCAAUGUCUUUGACAAGCUUGAUAAUUCAGACGAUGACAUUGUUGAUGAAUCAGCCAAAGGUAUCUCGUCGCUAAUCCUAGUUCAAGUGAUUACAAAGUUAUUCACUUUUAUGUUAAAUCAAGCGUUACUUAGGUUUGUUUCGCCUGAUAUUUUUGGAUUGAUUGUUUACUUGGAGUUUCUUCAAUCGUCGGUUUUAUUCAUUAGUAGAGAGUCUGUUCGGCUAGCAGUACAAAGAAUUGCCUAUGAUGAAACCAAAACUCGUACUUUGCAAAAGGUGAUGAACUUUGGGUUUUUACCGCUUUUCAUUGCAAUCCCUGUCACCUUACUCAUUGGAUACUUUCAAGGAAUUAAAUCAAUCAAUUUUCAGGAGUUCUUUUUGCGGCUCCCGUUGCAUAAAGUGACUAUAGGUGUUAUCAUUGCACUGAUAAUUCUUGAGUUGAGUAUUGAGCCCAUUUAUUGCGUUUACCAGUACGAGUUAGAAUUUGGAAAGCGAUCAAAGUUUGAGGGAAUUGCCUUAACAACGAAAUGUGUGACUACAUUCUCUGCAAUUUAUUUAGCGCGUCAGUACUUUACAGACAUCGAAUUUAGUGGUGCUGCUAUUUUAUCAUUCAUGGUCGGGCAGCUUGCGUAUUCGGCGACAUUGUUCUUUUCGUAUAGCACGUCGUUUUUGAAAUUCAACAAGGACAGAGACAUCCAUAUUAGAUUCAGUAUUGUCAGCGACAAGGAAGUACCUAAGUUUGACCCUGCUAUUAUAUCAAUCACCAAAAGCCUAUUCAUACAAAUGAUCUUCAAGCAGGUGCUAACUGAAGGAGACAAGUUAUUGAUUAGUUAUUUAUGCACUAUUGAGGAACAAGGAGUAUAUGCGGUAAUUGUUAACUACGGCUCAAUCAUUGCCAGGUUAUUGUUUCAGCCGUUGGAAGAAUCAACUCGAUUACUAUUGGCCAAGAUAGUCAACAGCACCGAAAAACCGAAGGGUGAAACGAUGGCGCAGUCUUUUACUUACAUUACAAUGAUAAGUUUGUUUUAUUUCAACCUAUGUUUAUUCAUUUUAUUUGCUGGAAUCACAAAUGGCUCAUUCUUGCUUCAAGUUAUGAUUGGGGGCACUAGCAAGUGGGCACAAACUAACAUAUUCGACAUAUUUACCCUUUAUGUCACUUAUAUACCCUUUUUGGCAUUCAAUGGUGUGUUUGAGGCUUUCUUUACUAUAAUUGUCCAACCCCAUGAGAUACAAAAGUAUUCCCAGUUUAUGACAUUCAUCACAAUAAUUGUGUUGGCGACUCUGUACGUUUUGAUUUCGGUUAUGGAAUUGAGAUUGGCGGGAUUGAUACUAGCCAAUAUACUCAACAUGGCUAUGAGAAUUGGAUACUGCUACCACUCAAUCAAGAACUACUACGGUGCAAGGAUAAGCUUAUUGACUUCUUUGCGGUAUACUUCCGGAUCAAUUGCUUGCACAGUAGCCUCCUGGGUAGUGCAAUACUUGUUUCUCUUUAAACUGGGGUCAUUUGUCACCAAGACGUGGUCGGAAUUGUUUAAGAGUGCUAUCUUCUCCGCAAUACUUUUAGCAAACCUUUUGAUUCUUGAAAGACAAAAUAUUCAGAACUGGGUAAAACGAGUGUUCAAGAUCAAGAAUGAUUAG